UCCACGAGGUAAUGAGGUGCCACGUGUAGGACAUUAAGCGUAUCUCACCAAGGACUGAUCACAUCGGCAUGGUUCGUGGGGAUGGCUGAGUAUCCGUUACACUCAUUAUCGGUGAAUAACUGGAGAAAAUCGUGAUAAGAAGCAAAACGGGUGAUCUUGGGCGACGAUUGGUUGACAAAUCUGCACAUGGGACUGUUGCAAUAGAAAUGUUAAAACGCAUGUUCAAUGAGUUUCAUAAGACAGGAUAUCGACGACAUCCUACAAGGGUCACGUGUAUGAAGUUUCUCUUAAACUUGUUAUAAGGUCAUUCAACUCGAUCCUUGUAUCAAGGGGAACACAGUCAAGGCACGGUUGGAUGGCUGGCCAGUCGCCGAUCGUAACGAGUCUUCUAGUUCUUGUUUCGCUAUUCAAGAGCCCGAAACCUCCAAGAAAGAACGCCACAACGCCCACUUCCAAGACAAAGAGAUACAGCACCACAGGGUUACCGUCACAAAGCCCUUUCAACCAAUUAACGGGAAUAGUACGGACGCCGACAUUUCGACGAAAAGUCAAGCUGUACUGUAAGACGGGAUUUCACCUCGUGAUGUUACCGGGCGGUACGCUCAAGGGCAGUCUAUCGGCGAAUAUCACUAGCAUGUAUGGUCUGUUUGAGCUGGAGUCUUACGGACGUAGCCUGAUCCGCGUGAAAAGUGUUCCCCAUGACAUGUACAUUGCCAUCUCCAACACAGGACAAGUUUACGCGACGGCAAACACGAGCGUGGAAACCCUUCUGCGUGAGACCCGUGCAGAGAACUAUUUUCACACAUUCAGCUCAUAUCAAUACAACGGUGAAGACCGACACAAGCAGUGGUACCUUGCCAUUAAACAGAAUGGACACGUGAAAAACGCUUCCACGGUAUUAAAGCAACAUAGGUCUCAUCAAUUCCAGGUUGUGGACCAGGUAAAAAGCAAACCCCAGUCAGGAGUGGAACAUGAAAUCACCAGGAAACUCUAUGAAAGAUUUGAAGCAGGGAACAGAGAUGAAGAAAGAUGACAGGAGAGACAAGUUAUGAAAGCUAUUUCAAUUCAACAAAGGCCUGGGACCGAGCUUAUUUCGCCUUGGCAUAUUUCUAAGGCGCGAGCGAAAUAUUAUUUCGGCUAUCAUAAGAAAAUUCUCCGGGUGAUUUGACCGAAAUCACAGUAUUUAGUAAGAUGAAAUGAUUAUCAGCGCUCCCUGAGGGAAAGAAAAUGUUAUGCCAAACAUUUCCCAAUUAUUUGUCUCUCCAUUUCCAAUUGGUGGCUAUCGCGUGAUUCUAACGCCUAACGGGUAACUACACCCCUAAUUUAAAACGACGGGUUUUUUUUAUUUUAGACAGUGGAACCUCUUCUCCUUGAACCUUCAAAGGACGAAAGUAAUGUAAAACAGCAUAAGUGUAGAUUUCUUUAAGGUAAAAAAAUCCGCUUAGCCA